AUGUUUUCUGGCAACGAGAGAAGAAAACCCAUAGGCUAUAGUGACUGGAUGUCUCAACUUCCAUCUGAACUUUACGACAUUCCUCUCUGGAAUCUGAUCAUACCUGGGAGCCAUGACUCAAUGACUUAUGACUUGGACAUCAACUCCCCUGUAAUAGAACCUGAUGGACUUAAAAUAAUCAGUAAGAUUUAUUGUGCUCGUAAAAUAGUGCACAAAUGGGCAGUCACUCAGGAGGAGACCAUUACAAAUCAACUGGAUGCAGGUCUCCGCUACUUCGAUCUGAGGAUCGCCCGCAAGCCAGACGACACAGAUCCCACAAGGCUUUACUUUUACCAUGGGCUAUGCACUCGAACAGAUGUGGAGACUGUUCUCGAGGUCAUAAACGACUGGGCAGAGAAUCACCCCAAAGAGAUCCUCAUCCUGGCUUUCUCCCACUUCAAAGGGUUUGACAAGAUUGAAGGGCAACUCCAUAACCAUCUCAUCAACUUCAUCAAUACCUUGUUUGGAGCUAAACUCUUCCUUAGAGACGAGACCCCUACCCUGAACUACUGCUGGCAGAAAAGUAGAAACGUCAUAGUCUCAUAUGACUAUCCAAAAAUCUCCUCCCCCAAGUUAUGGGGGAAAAUAACUUACUUCUAUGGCGAUACUAUGGAUCCUGCAAAAGUUGAAUCAAUACUUCAACAGAUUUUGGAAACAAAGAAGCCUUCUAACUGUUUCUUUGUCUGUGGCUUGAACCUGACACUGCCUAGUAAUGCCAGCAUACUCAAGUACAUCCUUUGCCCCUGUGGCACCCUUCCCAAGAUCAUACAGAGGAGUCUACCAGAACUGCUGAAGUGGGUGCAGAAGCAAGCUGGCAUGAACAUCGUGGCCUCAGACUUGGUGACUCGAAAUGAUUUUGUCUCAGUGAUCAUCAAGCUCAACAUUUCCAAAAUUAAUGGGAUGAAUAAAGAAUAG